AUGGACUGUCUUCGUGGAUUUCUUGCCAAGCUCCAGAAUUGGCGAAGGAAAGUCGGUGCCGGGAAUGCUGCCGUGUUUGAAAACCUUUCAACUCUCCUUGACGAGAAUGAAGAGGAUAGUCUGCUUGACCCAUUACUUAAAACUGAAAUCACUCAGCAUCUGAGAUCCAUGGAAGGUGAACUUACUAUGUACUUCCGAGAAUUCGAGGAGGAAGAAGGGAAGUUGGUAAGGAAUCCAUUCUCUGGCACUCUUGAUAUUGCUACCAUUCCCAGUGAUGUUCAGGAAGAGUUCCCUGAUCUCAAACAUGAUUCUGCUGCCAAAGAUCUCUCUGAAGAAAAAUUUCUGAAUGUAUUCAAAUGUUCGAUGCAUCAGUCAUAUCCAAAAGUCAGUGAGAUUGCACUUCGAUUACUCUUGUCUUUUUCAACUCCCUGUUUAUGUGAGUCUGGUUUCUCCGCCCCUCUACAAAUCAAGAAUCAAAGCCGGAACCGAUUGGAUGUGGACCCCGACAUGAGAUGUGUAUUGUCAGUGACACAACCUCGGAUUCGUCAGCUGACUGACAAGAAACAAUAUCAGCCUUCCCACUGA